CGUCAUGACUCGUAUCAGCGUAUCAGAUUACUUAUCUGUCAAAAAUCACGCUUUUCAUGGAUAGAAGAUGUUCUCUAUCUCUCUUCUGUGUGUGUAAGCAUAUUUUUUUUAUUUUUGUUUUUUUUUUAAUUUAAAAAAAAAAAUAAAACGUCAGCCAUUGCUAAAGUAUCUAAUCGAUUAAUUUUUUUAUUUAUUUUUUAUUUUUAAUAUUUUAUUUAUUUCAUAGAGUAAAUAACUACUUAGUACAUAGAGAAAAUUGAGUAAUUUUGUGUGACUUGAUUGAAAACAAUAGUGGAGUAAAUUCAAAAAAAAAAAAAAAAUAUAUGUUGUGAAUAAUGAAUUCAGAGAAAUAUUUGUUCUUUGUUGCUUUGUUUUGCUCUGGACCGGAAUUUUUAUCAUUGACAAGAGUUAUCACAAGUCAAAAAUCAUCUGAAAAAAUUUUAGAAUGACAACAUAGGAAUGAAAACAUUGACGAAUGUUGUUGAAAAAGAAUACGUCAAUGCUCAUGGCUCGUGGUAAAUAUCGUGGUGCCAAUGGGGCCAACAAAUCUCUGCUAAUAAAUGGAUCGUACAAGAGUUCAGAAUUUUUUUCAACGGAAUAUGAUAUCAAUGAAACACCACCGAGUGCAAGAACCCUGCUCACAAAAGGCUACAUUCAAGAUGAAAUUAAUAAUUUCUCAGGAGCAACUGUAUCAACACGCGGUAGAUUUAUGACAGAACAAGAAAAAUCACGUUGUCCAAAUGAACGUUCACUUUAUCUUUAUAUACAAGGCCAUGAAAAAAUAAAUGUUGAUCUUGCAAUACAAAAAAUCAAUGAGAUUAUAAAAUCAGAGCAUCAAAAUGUUUUACAACGACCUAGUAGAUUUACAAAUGCACCUCCACCAUUGAUGAGUCUUCAUUCAGGUGUUUCAUCUGUUGAAAAAAUAUGUGUUGGUAUAGAAAAUGCACCACCAGGAUUUGAUUUACGUGGACGUAUUAUUGGUGCUGGUGGAGCAAAUUUAUUAUAUAUAAGAGGUGAAACUGGAGCAACAGUAACAUUACGAGGUCGAGGCUCACAAUUUACUGAUCCAAUUUUAGGCACAGAAUCACCAGAACCACUUCAUUUAUAUAUACAACAUCCAAAAACUGAGCUAUUACAAACAGCAAAACAACUUGCUAUUAAUUUAAUACAAACAAUGCAAUCAGAAUUACAAUCUUAUAUUCAACAACAACCACCACCAGUACAAUCACAACAAGUCCUUGAAACAUCACAAUUACAACAAAUACAACAAGCUCAUUUUCAAACAAUGAAUAUUGGAGCAUUGGGACAAUCAAAUGUCGUUACAAUACAACAUCAAGAUAUUAUUCAACAUCCUCAAAGUAGUGUUGUAACAUUACCAGCAACUAUUUUAACUGCAACAAUGGCAGGUGGUCCUGGAACAGGUGUACCACCACCUGGUGUUCAUAUACCAUCACAUUCAGGUUCAAUUGGACCACAAGGACAAAAUCAAGAUAUUCAAAAUUUAAUUUCACCACAACAUCAAGUUGGACAAGUACAAUUAAUUGGUCCACCACCAACUGGUCAAGUGCAAUAUCAAAUUCAUUCGGGUCAACCAUUACAUAUACAAGUACCAGCUUCAAGUCAUUCAUCUCAACAGCCAGUUACUCAAAUGUAUGUCAUGAGUCAACCUCCACCACAAAGUCCAGGUCAACCUGGAUUUAGCAGUGCAGCGCCAGUUAAUGGUACUGUAUCAUAUGUAUAUACACAACCAAAUAUGCAACGACCUCCUACACCUCAAACUGGAAUUGAAACAGUCAACGUUAAUUUACAACAACCACCACCAUCAGCACCAUUAAAUAUAACUCAUCAACCACCUCCACCAUCUCUUCUUCAUCUUCAUUUUCCACCACCAAAUUUUCCACCAAAUCAACCACCACCACCAAUACCACAAACUUAUCAAAUUCAAUAUCAACAAGUACAAACAGAAUCACCUCAAACACAACAAUUUGUAUUACAAUCAGGUGAACAUAUUGUAUCACAUAAUACUGAACAACAUAUUAUACAAUCACAAUUUGAUGUUCAACCACCACAAUUUCAACAUCAAAUACCACCACCUACAACACAAACAUUUCUUGUACCAACAUCACAAUCACCAGUUCAUCAUUCUCAACAAGCAUCAGUUGGACCUGAUGGAGGAAUUGAACAAGGACAACCACCACAACCAGUACCACCACCGCCACAAAUGGUACCACCGCCAAAUCAAAUGAAUUUAUUGACAAGUGUACCACCACCAAAUCAACAGCAACAACAUCAACAACAGCCACCACAAAAUGCACCAUGGUUAUUUCAAGCUCAUCAACCACCACCUCAAGGACAAAUACAAGUUCAAAUGCCACCAUCACAAGGAAUGCACAAUAUACCUCAUUCACAAGUACAAACACAGAUACAUUAUACACAGCAAUUACAAUAUCAAAAUGAACAUCAAGUUCAUUAUGCUGUUCAACCACCUCAUCAUUCAUUUGAAUUGCAUAAACCAGAUGAUUCACAAGAACAACAAACAGGACAUGGUGUAAAACGAAGAUUUAAUGAUCCUGAAGGACCUCAGGAAGGUCCAGCGUUUUAUUGUGGCCCACCUCCAAUACACCGACAUGGAAAUGGUGAGGAAGAGAGACAACAACUGCGAGGGCAUGGUCCUCCACCAGGUCAAGCUCAUGGUGAACGAAACAAGCCGCUAAUGCCACUUCCACACCCAGGUGAGAAACAUAACAUGGAGUCAAAGCAACCACGUCUAUCACCAGAUGAAGAUUUUGGGCCAAUGAUGCCUCCAGGACAAGUACCGUCUCCAGCACCAUGGCAAGGACCCUGGAUGAGGCCACUUCCACCACCUCCACCUCCAACAAACAUGCCACCACCACAAAUUCGACCUACUCGAGGUCAAACGGAUGUGGAUCAAAAUAGAUCGUUGGAGCAUCAUAUAAAUGCUGAACACAAUCAGAUGCCACCCUACAACGUCAAACCCCCACCUUAUAAUAAUUCACUCCCAUUAAUGCAGUCAAUAUGUAAUCCACCACCUCCACCACCACUGCCUCCUCCUCAUCAUCACCAUCAUCAUUCUCAUUCUCAUCCCCAUCAUUCACAUUAUCAUCAGAAUCAUCAACAAAGACCACAAUUUUCACCUCAACAUUAUCAAAUUCCUGUCUCACAAAGCUAUCAACCACCAAACGUUUGUAAUUCUUUUCCAUUUAAUAAAAUACAUCAAUAGGCUGCAACAAACAACUAAUCAAUAAAAUGAAAUAAUAAAAAAAAAAAAAAAAACAAUUAAAUAUAAAGAUAAAUAUAUUAAAUAAUUAAUUAAAAUUGUAUAGUUUCAGUGCAAUUAAAAAUCUCAUUAUACUUAUUGCUAUUAGAUUAUUAUUAUUAUUAUUAUAACGAUGUACAGUAAAUAAUAAAGUUGUUGUUUUUAUUUAUAAAAAAUUCGACAUUUAUCUGUUGGAUUCAUUUUUGAUCCUAAUGGACAAUUAAAAUCUUUUGAAAAAUGUUUAUUUUGUGAAACCAUUGUAUUAUAACGUAAUUUUAAAUUUUCAUCACAAUCAGAAGCAACAGCAUUAAGCCAAAAUAAUUGUCGAGCUGAAUAAUUUAAGCCUUGAAAGGAAAAAAAAAGCAAUAAUUAAUUAAUAAUAAAAAUUAUAGAAUAAUAUAAAUAUUUACCUGGAAGAGUUGUUAAACAAAGAUGUGAAGCACAAAAUUCAAAUGCAGCUUUGUAAGAAAUUUCAGUUGCCCAAAGAGUACGAAAUAGUUGUUCAUAAUUCUUUUUGAUCUGUAAAAUUAAUCAAUGAAAAUAAUUGAAUUGUAAUAAAGUAAAUUAAACAUUAAUUUUUGUUUUAUAUAAUAUUUAUCUUUAAAUGUGCAAUAAAUUGACAUGCUCCAGUUUUUA